AUAUUAUAGGCUACUAACCUAACCUCCAAAUAGGUUACUACCACUGGCAUUUACUGUUGUGGGUUCUUCUUCAGCUUCCAAUCAUUUCAGUGCUCUUACAGUUACAACUUUUGAAUUAUACUGCGAACAAGGUUUGAAGGAAGUCUGUAUAUCAGCAACAGCUACAAGUCCAGAGAUCGGGUGGGAUAUUAACUGAAGAAAUCAUCAGAAAAUGACAUUACACCCUCUUUUCUAUUUUUUUCUGCUACCAUUUAUGUACUUCUGGGCAGAUGCUGAUGGAUUCGAUCCUUAUCUGCACUCUAUUGCUCCGAGUAGGAGUAGUUUUCCUAAGGGUUUUUUGUUUGGAGCAGCAUCAAGUGCCUACCAGAUUGAAGGAGCAGCAGAUGUAGAUGGCAGGAAACCAAGUAUUUGGGAUACCUUCGCUAAGGAAGAUUCAGAUAAAAUAAAAGAUCAUAGCACAGGUGAUAUUGCUGAAGAUUUUUACCAUCGUUAUAAGGAAGACGUUGCUUUGAUUAAAGAAAUUGGAUUGAACUCUUUUAGAUUCUCAAUCUCAUGGUCAAGAAUACUACCUUAUGGAAGAAUUAGUGCAGGAGUGAACCAAGAGGGUGUCAAUUUCUACAACUCCUUAAUUGAUGAGCUCGUAUCAAACGGUAUUGAGCCUUUUAUAACUUUAUUCCACUGGGAUCUUCCUCAAGCACUCGAAGAUGAAUAUGGUGGAUUUUUGAACCCAAGAAUUGUGGAGGAUUAUCGUGAAUAUGUGGACUUUUGCUUUGAUAAGUUUGGAGAUAGAGUGAAGAAUUGGGCCACAAUUAACGAGCCAAAUUAUUUUAGUUGUUUUGGAUAUGCAACUGGAGAUACUGCACCUGGUCGAUGCUCUAAUUAUAUAGGAAAUUGUACUGCUGGAAACUCUGCAACUGAACCUUAUAUAGUAAUCCACAAUAUGAUUCUUUGUCAUGCAACUGCUGUUAAAUUAUACAGGCAAAAGUACCAGGCUACUCAAGAAGGAACGGUUGGUAUAGUUCUAACAACAUUCUGGAAGGUGCCCAAAUUUCAGACAACGGCCAGCAAGAAGGCUGCAUCUAGAAGCCUUGAUUUUACAAUUGGAUGGAUUCUGCACCCUCUCACAUAUGCUGAUUACCCUAAGAGCAUGAGAUAUUUGGUGGGGAAUAGAUUGCCUAAAUUCACACGACAACAAUCAAAGAUGGUCAAGGGAUCCAUUGAUUUCGUUGGUGUGAAUUACUACACAGCAAGAUAUGUCGACGAUGCCUCUACAAGUGGCAACCUAAGUUACACCACAGAUAGUCGCGUUAUUUACUCCGCUGUGAGAAAUGGGAUUCCUAUCGGGCAACAGAUUGGCUCUAGUUGGAUAUAUAUAUAUCCAGAGGGAAUUCGAGAACUGCUGCUGUACAUAAAUAAAAAUUAUAAUCAUCCUACCAUUUAUAUCACUGAGAAUGGAAUGGAAGAUAAUAGUUUCGUGGCAAUUAAGGACGCAUUGAAUGAUACUGUGAGGAUAAAAUAUCAUUCUCUUCAUCUAUCAUAUCUCUUGAAAGUCAUUAAGGAUGGAGUUGAUGUGAGGGGAUACUAUGUAUGGUCAUUUCUUGAUGACUUCGAGUGGGAAUUUGGUUACACAGUUCGAUUUGGCUUAACCUAUAUAGAUUAUCGAAAUAGUUUAAAAAGGACUCCAAAAGCCUCUGCUUUAUGGUUUAAGAAUUUCCUCCACGAGCAAAAUGUUUCCAUGAGAUCUUCUUUAUUAUUCUCUGAGUGAGCAAGGAGAAACGGGUAUUAGUCUGCUUACUGAGCUGUACAAUACAUUUACAUUAUUUCAGUAAAAUAUAGAAGAUUAACACAUGGUUUGGCACUUUAAUAUUUGUGUAACAGAAAUAUUUUCUUAUUAAAAGAGUUUAUUAUUGCUUUUUUA